GGAGAGUCGAGGGUCGGACGUUGUAGUACUUUCUGCCCUACUACUACCUCAGUUCGCGCACAAGCGCAUGCAUGAUUCAAGAAAAUUGAUUGUAUAAGCCAGCCAAACAGUCAAACCAAUAAUAGGUGCAUAUGUACGGUAAGUAGCGUUAGAGCAGAGUCGUAAAGUAUCUCAAGGUGAAGGUCAGAUUGUACAUCCGUACUCAUCGGGCAGACCUCAAGACAAGCAUGUCACCCAAGAGAGGCGCCUCCACGUGCGAGAUUGCCGAGAGAUUUCCCCCUCGGCGUCAGUAUUUUCGUGAGAAGCAGCGCGAGUAUCGCCGCAAGAUGAUUGCUGACGGGGCGACUUUUAAAGCGCAGUGCGUGCACCUUCAGUCGGUCCUUGUCCGUCUUCAAACAGCCAGGCCGCAGUCCACGACUCCGCGCGAAGCAAGUGAUGGUCCGUUGUCCUGGCAUUCCAUUGCCAAAGUGUUUAAAGGAGAAGCCCAUCGUGUCUUGACGGACCGCCAGUCACUGGUCGCCCAAAUACAAGAGUUACAAUCCCUCACGAAGUUCAUGCAACGCUUUGUCAUGAUCAACAUUCCGCCACCCAUGUCCCGCAGCAAUGCGUGGCAGAAUGCGAUAUUGGAGGCCGACCCGAGUGCUCGAAACCUGGCCAAGGAAUGGCUCACGCAGCAAAUGUACCACAACAUGCACGAGGCGUUCGCGUUGCUUCCUGCCGUGAGCUAUGACGAUGACUUUUUCCAAUUUGACAUUCAAGCGUCGCACGAGAACGACGAUCCGUUUACGUUGACGGAGCAGCUACAGUUCACGUGGCCAGGAACGGUACAAAUGUUUCGACGCCUGGUCGAGACCAACAUGCAGGCGGUGCAUUUCACCAAGAAUGUCGAAAUGGUGGUGGAAGAGAAGACAUCCAACACGCGAAUGUUUCACACGAUCACACCCGAAGGCAUAUUCGUGAACUCGCUCGAACGAUACUUCGUCGAAGCCAACCGGUUCGUCGUGGUCAUGCGCCAAGUCGAACACGACGAAGCCCAUCUAUGUGAUACCCUCCACAAGCAGCGUCACGGCAUGUCGUGGACCGAGGUUCGGCAGGUAUCGCCAACACACAUCUUGAUGCGCAUUGUCAGCCAUUCGUCGCAUUUUUUUCGACCCGGCGGCGGGCUCGUGAGUGUGGACGAGCUUUCAGCGUUGUGGGGUAUCGACAUGACGGGCAUCGAAGACGACGGCCUCAAGGAUGAAUACAUGAGGUGCGAAAUGAUCCGACGGUCGUAUGCGGAUUUCUUGCCUUGGAGACAGCGUUUCAUGGGCUUGAUGCACCAGAGCGCGACAAACUAAUUCUCUGGUCACACUAUUGUGCUUUUCAUGUAAUUUGCCCGUUGUUUAACUGCGUUAAACAACCAGACGUUUAAAAUAAUGUAAGCCCGAUUGAAAAUAAAACAACGCUAACGUUAAAUCCAAGUUCUGCUUUCAGCAGAAUGAAACAA